AUGUCGAGCACCGACAUUGUAAAGAUCUGGCUCAAAUCCACGCACGGGGCUCGCUACCCACCGACCCCUCCGCCGGAACACGUUAUUGCGCCGCAGCGUCACAUGCGCAAGCACAAGCGCAAGCGCGCCAUGUCCCUCCCUGCGAAUGCGUCCGGCACCACAUCUCACCAAUGCGAGAGCCCCAAGCGGCGCAGAGUCGAUGAUGCAGAGGACGCUGAGCUUGCACAAAGCGCGUCGCAAUUCGGAAGCGAGAAUGUGCUGCCGCUCAGGGACAGCAACACGUUUCCGCCACCAACCAGUCGUGCUUCCUCCAAUCUCUCGCGUGCCCGAAGUCCGACACGCGAAACACCCAUCAUCCUGAAGAGCGCAUCACCGCCAGUGCUGACGGAGAGCCUCAACGGCCUGCAAGAACCCCCGCCUCAGCACGUCGAAUACCUCGGCGACUAUCUUGCUGCGGGCGUCGACUUGCACUUCGUUCCCCAGGGCCUGAAGCAUAUAAUCAAGAACGAUUCCGAUGUAGGCCACCAGAUCACCAAACCUGCAGACUUCAAUCCUGUCGAUCUGCGUUCCGCCGAAGAGCUAGCUGCAAUAUGGAGGAAAGUGAAGACGAUAUUUCUCAACGCGCGUGACUGCAAAGACGGUGGUCGAGAUGAGAACGCCUGGUGCGAUGAUGUAUUCCGGCCAUUGCUCGGUUUGGCCAUACAGCUGUACGGCAAGAGCCGAUGGUGGCUUCAAAGCGUGCAAUCGCAGUCGAUCGACCCCCGUUACCUGUCGACCGUCACCGCUCGUGGCCCCACCGAUGGCCGGCGCAAAGCUAUCGACCGCAAGACCGAUUACGUCCUCUCAUACUCGCAUCGUCACCCAGCUACCUCAGCACUCUAUAAACAGCUCGGAGAAGCAAAUAUGGGCGAUGUUGGGCAUACCAUGGACGCGUUCACCAGGCGGACGGCCCUUUUCUCUGGCUUCGAAAUUAAGCCUGCGUCCGGCGACCAGACUGAAGCCGAGUUGCAGAUCAGUAUAUGGUCAGCUGCAUCUAUCCGCAAGAAGCAGGAACUUGCAAGCUUGGCCCGGCUUACCAUCGAGCCCGCAGCAAUGGUCGAGCCAGUGUUCACUAUUGUUGGACACGAGCACCACGUUUACUACUGUUAUCCCCGCGACAAUCUCGUUUCAGGAAGAAGCGGGGUCCACGUGCUUGGACCAGACCUUGACCGAUUCGAACGACUUAGUACGGAUUCUGUGCGCGGAAUCUUUCGACUGCUCAGACUCUAUGGAAACGUUCUCGCUUACGGAGUUGACGAGGAAGAUGAUCGGUAUUGGGGCGGGGUUCUUGGGAAGACGUUGACCCGCCUAGCUGGAAUGUCUGAGUUUGAGGCGGAUCAGCCUGGUUGA